AUGCUUUUCCUACAGUCCCUGGCCCUGGUGGCUGCGGCCGCCAUAAUGAUGCCAGCAAUGGCUGGUGCAGAGAGCACGGCGACAUCAACGACCACGAUUCACCUGAUGGAGAGACUUAUCACCGAGAAUAUGACUUUGCUAGAAGGAAGUGUGAUCUCGGCCGACGCGACAGCCACUACGCUCGAGCUGGAUUGUCAAUCUUCAGUAUACUCAAUCUGCACUUCUUCCGGUAUGCUCUGGCCACAGACUGUUACCGUCGGUCCCUCCAUCCAAGGCAUGAAUUUCGAUAUCACCACUUACUAUGGUUCGACACUGUGGAUUGUUUCGGGGAAUGCGUCGUGCGUGGUUACGAAUUCCUCAAUGGGUGCUGAUUGUGUGAUUACCACAAGCUCAUGGUAUUCUGCUGGCACUACCGUUAAUUCAUCGUCGGUAGACGGAGCCAGCAUUACCCUCGAACCGACUCUGGCGUUCGCUACAAUUCCUGUUGUUUCGGGGUUGGAUAAACUUGCUGCAACUACCACAACCGAUGCUUCACCUGCCAGCACUGCUACUGCGACAUCGGCACCGAACACUGCUACCGCGACGGCAACGAAUAGUCCCACUGCCUCUUCUUCAUCAUCCUCUUCCAAUGCCUGGAUCGCGGGCCCCGUGGUGGGCGCUAUAGCCGGAAUCGCUUUGGUCGGAGCAUUAGCAUUUUGGUACUUCCGACGGACUCGCAAGAGCACUCGAGAUGCAGAAGGCGCCGAUUCUACUGGGGAUGCAGGAGCCGCGGGAGCCGCAGUUUGGGACGGACGACGAGAACUACAGGGCAAUUAUGAGCCUCCAGAGCUUCAAAGCAAUGCACCGCCCUCGGAACUUCAUGCAGACGCGACUAAGGUCGAACUGCCAGCGACGCAACUGGAUUUCGACAAAAAGAGACAGAUGGAGACACAGCAUGCUGCUCAUGAGCUGCCGUGA